CCUCUCCCUUCCAAAAAAUGGGAGCCUCGAUGGAUGCAAUUCCACGCACGCGAGAAUGAUUGCAUUCGGUUUCUCGGUGGGUGACUUCAUAGCAGGGACCAAACUGCUGAUCUCCCUUUUCGGAGGCUUCAAAGAGGCGGGAGGCGCUUCGACUAAGUACACCUCCGAGUCAGCCUUCCUCACCAGCCUGGUGUCGACGCUACAGCACCUGGACGACUAUGUAAAGCAGACGCCUCAGGAUGACAUCUCCCAGGAAAUUACCGACCUGCUAAAGAUAAUGCAAGGGCCGUUGGACGAAUUCAAAGCAUUUGUGGACAAGUACAGAACGUCGCUGGGCAAGGCUGCAACCAAGACAACAUUGGGAAAGGCGAAAGCGACGGUUUCGUUUACCGUUAAAGACGUCUCUGGAAAAGUAGAGAAGCUGCGAAGGCAGGUUGAGCAACCGCUUCAGGCCUUCAACUCGCUUCUAUCGCUGCAGGUAAUGUAGGCGACCCAUACGCUGGGAGUGGUGUACGCGCAUCGCUGACCAGCUUCCACAGCAAAUCCAUAGAAGCGCUACCUCAACAGCCUCUACAGCAAGAACAACUCGCCCAAAUCAUAGACGCCAUUAGAAUCGCAGAUAUUCCCGCCGAACUCGACAAGCAAAUUCAAGUCCUCCAGCGCUCCGCGGCCGAACACAACAUCAAGCAAGAUGACCAACUUCAAC